AUGUCCAUCGACUCUUUGCACAAACUCGACGGUGGCCUGGUGGACCGUCUCCGGCUUUUCAACUUGAAUGCCUUUCACAAGUUUGCACCCGUGCUGCUUGGCUAUACGAUGGAUAUGCCCUUUGCGUUCGGAAGGAUUCCCUUUGAGCCUCACCCCUCGGAUGUGUUCCUUGUGGGUGUGAUGGGGAGCGGCAUCACGAUGCUCACCCAAGUGGCGCAUGGGCUUCGAUCCAAAGGCGACAUGUCCUUCGACGACAUCAACGAGGUGGUGCCCUGGUUUCAUGCUGCCCAGAUUUGCGGGCAGGAUUUAGAUGCAUUGCAGCCUUAUAAGCCGCGAUUGUUUAAGACGCACCAGCUACACGAGAAGUUGCCGGAAGAUGCAAAGUUUGUGGUUCUAUUUCGAGAUCCUCGCAAGAUCUUUCUGACCAGAUACCGCCGAUAUUGCAAUAGUUCCUGGACGGACUAUGCUCGAGUUCCCCGUGGAGCAAUUUCGUUGGAGAACUUUGCUGUGGGCAUCUUCGGACAUGAGUCCGGCAACGAGGUGUGGAAGUUCAUCAGGCUGUUCUUGGCUUUCGAAGACCUGGUGGAGCAGCCAGAGGACCAGAUUCGGAGGAUUGGGAAGUUCAUAUCCCCUCACGGCCGCCUGUCAGAAGACGUCCUCACGGUGGCCCAGAAUCAGUCUACCAGGAAGUUCAUGCAGGAGCACAUCUCCCAGUUCGAUGACCACUUCGUGCUGAAGCAUUUGAAGCCGUUUGAGGAGGUGCCACUGGAAUUCAUGAAUUUGAAGUUGGGAGUUCAUGCGGCGGUGCUGUAG